CCGCUCUCUUCUCUUUCCCCUCCUUUUUUGGGAUGCGUCAGCUGAAGCACCACGAGAAGAAGCUGCUGAAAAAGGUUGACUUUCUGUCGUGGAAGUCGGAUGACAAUAUCCGUGAGGUCAGGAUCCUCAGGCGGCACUACAUUCAAGACAGGGAGGACUACACCAAGUAAGACAACACCAAACAUCGAUGGCGAAAGCAAGGGAAGGGAAUGAAGCCAUGUGGUUGCUGUGUGUGGAAUGUGAUGGGUUUGUGCAGGUACAACAAGUUGUGUGGGCUGAUAACCAAGGUGGUGGCCGCGUUGAGGAAGCUCAAGCCUAACGACGAGUACCGGAUCAAAAUGACACAGAUACUACUCGACAAACUGUGAGCAGACACGCAUCACGCGCACAUCCGGCAAUGAGCGGGUGUGUGUUGUCCGUGCCUGCCUGCCUGCCUGCAUCCAUCCAUCCGUCUGUCCAUCAGACACGGGAUGGGUGUGCUAUCCAAUCGGAAGACCCUCGACGGCGUGGACAAGAUCCCCGCGUCUGCCUUUUGCCGACGGCGGCUGGCCGUGUUGCUGGUGCAGCUCAAAUUCUGCGAGAACCUCAAACAGGCAGUCGGAUACAUCGAACAAGGACGUAAUGAUCACACACACACUCACACACGCACCCACAUAUGAUGGCAUGGCAGGAAGGCAUCUGCCUCCCUCGUUGAUGGAGGCCCAAUGGGUUGUGUGCUCUCUGUGGAUGCCCCAAAUGCAGAUGUGCGUGUGGGCCCUGAUGUGGUCAAGAACCCUGCCCUACAUGUCACUCGUGAUAUGGAGGACCACAUCACUUGGGCACAGGGAUCUGCCAUCAAAAGGUAUACACACAGAAAGACAUGCACCGGCUGGUCCGGAUGACCGGGAUGGGACUGGUUGGUGGGUUUGCCUCUGUCGCCCUGUCUGUCUGUGCGUCGAUUCAUUCAGGCACGUUAGUCGGUUCAACGAGUCACUGGAUGACUUCGAGCUCAUGGGCACGUGAGCACGUGAGCAGCUUAGCUCGGGGAAUCUGAGGGCCGCUCCAUACAUGCCGCCAUUAUAAAGGAUGGGCGAUGCGAGAAAUGAUUGGGUGUGGAUUGGGCGGCACUUUGCUGAGUGUGGGCUGGGGAUGCUCAGAUCUCUUUGUGACGGACAGAGAAGACCUGUAGAUAGUCUAGCA